AUAAACAAAUAAAUACACCAAACUCAUGGACCUUGCUAAUAUUCUGCCCGGUCUUACUGAGAAGACUCUCCGGAGAAUGGCGUGCGCUGCCGGACUCAUUGCUUUAGGCUCUGCCGGCUACUGGGCGUACUGCCGACUCCGGAGAAAAAGCGAUCCGCUUACCGAGCGUUCCCAGCCGGACGCAAAUGCUUCUGUGUCAGACGACAAAGAAGGUGUGGAUGAGGCAAGCGUCCUGCAGAUCAACGAGCCAAACUGGCAGCUGGUAACCACUGCUCUACCACCAGAGGAACCCAAGAUUGUGCUUUGUGGUGGUCGUGAACUGAACAGCACGUGCCAAAUAAUUCAGUUCCUUUCUUAUGAAUCCCGCCGCUCUCAGUCAGAGUCUGUGGAGAUCAAGAGGUACUUUGUAUCUGUGUCUGAAGGGUCUGAGAUCCAGCAGUGGUGGUUUACCAUCACUGAGACUUGCCGCAUGAAUCAUCUUGGGUUCCCAUACUACACCACCAGUGAAGAUGCUUUUACUGGCAUACAAAGCAUUUCUGGGAGGGUGAGUGAAGUUGUAUCCUGUCGCCGGCUCGAGACUUUUGUCAACGUCCUGCUGGAAGACUGCAUGGGAAGUGAGGAAAGUCAUUCUGCUGAAGAGAGAGAGGUGCCCUUUAUCAGCUGCCACCUUGCAGACUGUGGCAUUGCCGAUGUCGCCCUCAAGCUGCCUGCUCUGCGUGAGGUCUUCUCUAUGCUCUUUACCAGCAUCCAUUUACAGAACUUUCUGUUUGUGAGUGGGAAAGAGCUGGUGAUGUAUCUGGCAGCUCUUAAUAAGCAGAAUGUGGUUGAUACUCAGCUUUCCUAUGAGUCACUGAUGCGCUUCCUAAAAGCACCUGCCAAUCAGAACUUAAUUGAGUUGGAGCUGGUGGAGAAUCAGCUGCAGCUAAACAUCCUGGAUGUGCUGUUUGAACUCAUUCUUUUCGGGUGGUUCAGAAACGACUCUGCACCUGAGUUUACUGAAGGAGGAUUCCUGGAUAAACUGUUCAGACACAUCAUCAGCUGGGAUGUUGAGUUCUGGGAACCUGCAGCAAAUCUAUGUUUCAUGGUUCUUCUCGAUCAGCUGACUGCUUUUCUAGAGCUGUUGUUCUCUCAGCCUCUAGUACUCUAUGGAGAUAUAGAAGGCUUGACUCGUGUGGUAUUGGGCCUCCUUAAGCAACAUGUGCAGCAGCUGCUGAAGGCCGUGAAUAAAUUCUGAGCAACCUUCCACUCUUUCUUCCAAUCUUUUUGCAAUCACAAAAUAUCACUUGUCUUUCCCUUUUUUUCUUUGUGUUGCUCAGGUUUCUUGAGGGUAAGUAUAGGGUUUUUACAUGUUAUAAUUAACAACCACUAACUUCAUUAUUUCUCUUUUACAGGUUCAUCAGAUCAGAAUAUUUAACAGCUCUUGUUCUAUUCUUGAUUAAUAUUCUUGUCAUUGUGGGUGUUUGGGCUUUAGUAAAAACCAAGAGGAAUUUACCACCACUAUUAUUACUGAUGAUAUUAAUACUUUGACAGUUUUAGUGUGAUUUAUAUUAUUAUAUGUUACGUGAAUUCUAACUAUUUUGACAUUUUAAAUGAAUUAUUACGUGAUGUGUUUGUUUUAUUCUAUUCGAGUUUGCAGUUUGGUCCUACUCACUCGGCGAAAGACAGGAGACAUCCUGGACAGGUCGCCAGUCCAUCACAGGGCAAACACACACACACUCACUGACCCUCACAUUUAUUUAAGGGGACUUUUUAGUAUCUAAUUAACUUGACUGCAUGUCUUUGGACUGUGGGAGGAAACUGGAGCACCCAGAGGAAACCCACGUGGACACGGGGAGAACAUACAAACUCCACACAAAAAGGACCCAGAACCAGACUGCUUCAUCUGGAAAUCCAUCCCAGGUCUUCCUUUCUGUGAAGCGACAUAUACAGUACAUUCAUUUCUUGAUUGCUAAUGUGUAAAGUGUUUUAAUUAUUUAGUUAAAUAAAUUGAUUUAAAAUCA